AUGUCUGAAGAACAAUAUAGUAUUGCUGAGUCAGAAAUUGUUCCCGGAACAAUUAGACUCAUUGAUGUCCUUGGAACUUUAAACGUGAAAAAGAAUGCUGGAAAUGAAAAUAUCAUUCUUCAACCACAACCUUCAUCCAACAUCAAUGACCCGUUACGGUGGUCAAACAAAAAGAAACACUUUCAGUUCUUUUUAGUGUUUUUCUGGUGUUUUAUGCUUGCCCUUACGGUUAUUUUCUACAGUCCUUUAUUCGUCUUGUGGACUGAAGAAUUGAACUGCACCUUGCAACAAUUAAGUAACGGGGUUGCCAUUUUGUUCUUAUUCCUUGGAGUAGGUGUUACCUUUGUUCAACCUACUGCCUUGAAGAUCGGGAAAAGAUUCACAUACUUAUUUUGCACCAUUCUUGCGAUAGUAGGUUGUGUCGUGGGUGCAAAAGCAACCAACAUUGGUCACAUAUAUGUGUUUUUGAUCUUUGGUGGCCUUGGUGCUGCUCCCGUUGACUCGUUAGCUGAAAUUACAGGAACAGAUCUUUACUUUCAACAUCAAAGAUCUACCGCAUUUGGAAUGGUAAUUCUUGCACUUUAUGCCGGGAGUUUUUUGGGACCAGUGGCUAGUGGGUUUGUGACUCAGGGUCUUGGUUGGAGAUGGUGUUUCUGGCUACAGGUUAUCUUGUAUGCCAUGAUUUUCAUAUUCUUUUUCUUUACUUUGGAAGAGACUUCGUUUAGAAGAGACCUAGAGGAAGAAGAUGAAUUUGAAGAAGAAAUCUUACACGCAACUAAAUCACCUACAUUAAAAGACAAAACAGAAAGCAAGGAAGUUGAAGUUAAUAUCAAUGAUAUUGAUGAGACGAUUCCAAGACGUACCUACAAACAACGUAUGAGUGUAGUUCAUACUGAGUACAAUGAUACCAGGUCAUGGUUAUGUAUUUACUACAGACCCUUCUUUUUGAUUAUUUUCCCAGCUGUGAUUUGGAGUGGGUUGGUUUAUGGCUCGCAAAUGAUGUGGAUUUCCUUGAUGAGUAACACUCAAAGUCAACUCUAUGGUGCUCCACCCUAUAAUUUCCUGCCCAAUGUCAUUGGAUUAACAAAUUUGGGUGCAUUUGGUGGAAGUUGUAUUGGGAUGUUAUAUGGAGGAUAUUUUGUUGAUUGGAGCACCAUCAAGUUGGCAGAACGUAAUCAUGGAAUCUUGGAACCUGAAUUCAGAUUAUACAGUAUGGUUGUGCCUACUAUAGUCAAUGCUGCUGGAAUUUUGGCCUAUGGCUUAGGAUUGAAUAAUGGAAUCCAUUGGGCAAUUCCCUGUGUUAUUGGUCAAGGAUGUUUGGGUUUUGCCAUGGGCUCUUCAGGUUCAAUUUGUUUAACUUAUGCUGUUGACAGUUAUCACAAGUUAGCCAGUGAAUGUAUUGUGCUUAUCUUGUUCAUUAGAAAUAUGGUUGGUAUGAUCUUUUGCUUUGUGUUCCGGCCAUGGUUGGAAGGAUGCGGGUUAGCUGUAACUGCUUGGUUGAUGUUUAUGUUAUCUCUUCUUAUCAAUGGAAGCUUCCUUGUUCUUAUUAAAUGGGGGAAGACAUUCCGGAAAUGGACUGCUCCCAGUUAUGCCAAAUUUUCUAAUCCUACAUUUGGAGAAUUGUUUGAAAGAAAGAGUAGUAAAUAGUUUAUGAAUUAUGUCUUUGUUGUUUUAAAUAUAUUUCGUAUAUUAACACCCUUUACUUAUAAUAAGUCAUCGUCGUCUUUAUCAACCACGGAAUUCUUGAUCUUCAACAACAAUUGGGUUUUCAACUUGUCAAGCUUGGCGAACUGGUCGUAUUCGAAAACUUUGUCUGAAUAACCAUCAAUAUCACCUUUAUCUAUACUCUCAAGGAUUCCUUCCACUAACUUGUAUUCCCUUGUUUGAUUCCAGUUUGGAUCUUCUGUUAAAAAGUUUUGAUUUCUUUUUUGGGCUUCAAUAAUAUCAUCAGUACACAAUACACAUAAAAUAACCUUCAAGAAAUAAUCCUUCAAACUCCAUCUUGUCAAAUUGUUUCCCACCAGUUGCUUAAUAAUUGUAUCAUAUAAUUCAAUAGCCUUUUUGUAGUCACCAGAAAGGGCACUCAAAUCAGCACAUUUUAAAAAGGAUUUGUUGGCUAAUGCUUCGGCGUGAUCAGUAGUGAAAUAAUCACCUGCUUGUUCAUAACUCUUGAUGGCAUUGGCAGUAUCAUUGACUGAUUCAUAGAGCUCCCCUAAGUCCAUUGUGAAGUUGGCAGCUCUUCUGAAUUGACCAUUUUGAGUUAAAAAUAUGUGAAUGGCUUUAGAUAACGCAUCAAUGGCGUCAGUUGGGGAAACGCCUUUGAAACAUUUGUAGGCUUCAACCAAAUGAUUUGCUGCAUCGUUAUGGUUGGAUAAGGACUCUUGAAUUCCGGCAGCUCUUACAAAUUGGGCACCAGCAUUAUUGAAAUCUUUGGCUAAUCGGUAUUGAUUGGCCGCCGUGAUCAAGAGAUCGGUGGCUUCCUCCUUUCUCAUAGAGUCUGAAGAGCCCGAUAAGAACAGAAAGAAUCCCAGCUGAGGCUUGAGCAAUUUCUCGGCAUCAUCUAUUAAUGUACGUGGAUUUGACAUGCUUGGUAUGGUCUAUAUGGCGAUUGGAUUCAAUCUAAGCUGUGCUAAUGAAUUCUAGUUCAAUUG